GGCCAUUUGUGGUGUGCCACAGUGACUCCAGCUGACAGAUGGACACUGUGACAGGAGUGUCAGAAAGAAUUGGGCCUCGCCUUGAAUGCCAGUGGGGAAUCUGCAUGCUGACAGGUCGCUGAGGAGGUCGCAGGGAGGAGACAGGACUUGCUGAGAAAGCGGAGUCUGGACUUCGGCCACACCAUUGAUGGAGGACAGAUGGACAGCCGGCUGGCCAGUCACCUCUCCUCCUAAGCCUUUGGAGAGUGGUCCUUUGUCCCCUGCUGGACACAUACCCAGGAUUCUAAUACACUUUCUGAGCUCACUUUGCAUUGAAACGUGAAGUCAGCAGCCCACUGCUGGACACAUCUGCAUGUGACAGGUCUGCAGCCAUGAGCGCUGAGGGCUACCAGUACCGGGCGCUCUAUGAGUACAAAAAGGAGCGGGAGGAAGACAUUGACUUGCACUUGGGAGACAUCCUGACUGUGAAUAAAGGGUCCUUACUGGCUCUUGGAUUCAGUGAAGGACAGGAAAGCCGGCCCGAAGAUAUCGGCUGGUUAAAUGGCUAUAAUGAAACCACAGGAGAGCGAGGGGACUUCCCAGGAACUUAUGUAGAAUAUAUUGGGAGGAAAAGAAUCUCACCACCAACACCAAAGCCCCGGCCACCUCGACCCCUUCCUGUUGCUCCAGGUUCUUCGAAAACUGAAGCAGACAGUGAGCAGCAAGCUUUGACACUUCCAGAUCUGACUGAGCAGUUUGCCCCUCCUGACAUUGCCCCUCCACUUCUCAAGCUAGUAGAAGCCAUCGAAAAGAAAGGUCUGGAAUCUUCAACUCUCUACAGGACCCAGAGUUCUAGCAACCCAGCGGAGCUACGACAGCUUCUUGAUUGUGAUGCUGCCUCUGUGGACUUGGAAAUGAUUGAUGUGCAAGUUUUGGCAGAGGCUCUCAAGCGCUAUCUUCUGGACUUACCAAAUCCUGUCAUUCCAGUAGCCGUUUACAAUGAACUGAUUUCUUUAGUCCAAGAAGUACAAAGCUCGGAAGAGUACACCCAGCUGUUGAAGAAGCUCAUACGGUCACCGAACAUACCUCAUCAGUAUUGGCUUACACUUCAGUAUUUGCUAAAACAUUUCUUCAAGCUCUUCCAAAUCUCUAGCAAAAAUCUCUUGAAUGCACGAGUACUCUCUGAACUUUUCAGCCCCCUGCUCUUCAGAUUUCCUACAGCCAGUUCUGAGAAUACUGAACCCCUCAUAAAAGUUAUAGAAAUUUUAAUCUCAACUGAAUGGACUGAACGACAGCCUGCACCAGCACUGCCUCCCAAACCACCCAAGCCUGCUCCUGUAGCCAACAACAACGGUAUGAAUAACAAUAUGUCCUUACAAGAUGCUGAAUGGUACUGGGGAGACAUCUCGAGGGAAGAAGUGAAUGAGAAACUUCGAGAUACAGCUGACGGGACCUUUUUGGUACGAGACGCAUCUACUAAAAUGCAUGGCGAUUAUACGCUCACACUAAGAAAAGGAGGAAAUAAUAAAUUAAUCAAAAUAUUUCACCGAGAUGGGAAAUAUGGCUUCUCUGACCCGUUAACCUUCAACUCUGUGGUCGAGCUUAUAAACCACUACCGGAAUGAAUCUCUAGCACAGUAUAAUCCCAAAUUGGAUGUGAAAUUACUCUAUCCAGUAUCCAAAUACCAACAGGAUCAAGUUGUCAAAGAGGAUAAUAUUGAGGCUGUAGGAAAGAAAUUACAUGAAUAUAACACUCAAUUUCAAGAAAAAAGUCGGGAAUAUGAUAGAUUAUAUGAGGAUUAUACCCGUACUUCCCAGGAAAUCCAAAUGAAAAGAACAGCUAUUGAAGCAUUUAAUGAAACUAUAAAAAUAUUUGAAGAACAGUGCCAAACCCAGGAGCGGUACAGCAAAGAAUCCAUAGAAAAGUUUAAACGUGAAGGCAAUGAGAAAGAAAUACAAAGGAUUAUGCAUAAUUAUGAAAAGUUGAAGUCUCGUAUCAGUGAAAUUGUUGACAGUAGAAGACGAUUAGAGGAAGACUUGAAGAAGCAGGCAGCUGAGUAUCGGGAGAUUGACAAGCGCAUGAACAGCAUUAAGCCAGACCUCAUUCAGCUGAGAAAGACCAGAGACCAAUAUCUGAUGUGGUUGACUCAGAAAGGUGUCCGACAGAAGAAGUUGAAUGAGUGGCUGGGCAAUGAAAACACUGAAGACCAAUAUUCGCUGGUGGAGGAUGAUGAGGACUUGCCCCACCAUGACGAGAAGACAUGGAAUGUUGGAAGCAGCAACCGAAACAAAGCUGAAAACCUCUUGCGAGGGAAGCGGGAUGGCACGUUCCUGGUCCGGGAAAGCAGCAAGCAGGGCUGUUAUGCCUGCUCCGUGGUGGUGGACGGCGAAGUUAAGCAUUGUGUCAUCAACAAGACGGCGACAGGCUACGGCUUUGCGGAGCCUUAUAACCUGUACGGUUCCUUGAAAGAACUGGUGCUACAUUACCAACACACCUCCCUGGUGCAGCACAACGACUCCCUAAACGUCACACUAGCCUACCCGGUAUAUGCACAGCAGAGGCGAUGAAGCGCUGGCCCUCAGAUCUUUCUCCUGAAGUUCAACCACCCUGAAACCUCUGGAAAACACAGGGCUCCUUCUCCAGCCUGACCUGUGAAUUGAGCUGAGGAAAUCCAAGCCGUCUGCCUUCAGAUGAGACUCGCGCUUUCUCCGACCCAAAGCCGUCAGGGAAGAUCUGCGGCCAAGCGAGCGCUGGGCCAGGGCCGGCUGACCAUAGUUUCUGACCUGGAGUGCUAUCCUCCUUCCUUACUCUUCUUUUUUGUUUUGUUUUGUUUUGUUUCGUUUUUACUUUUUUGAGGGAGGGAAGGGUUAAUUUAAAGCCACAACCACACCAAGAGAAAAAGAAAUGCAAAAAUCUCUGUGUGCAGGGACAAAGAGGCCUUUAACCAUGGUGCUUGUUAAAUGCUUUCUGAAGCUUUUACCAGCUCAGAGUUGGGAGCCUGGAGGGCAAGACAGGCUGAAGAGCUCUGGCCUGGGGUCGAGAGGUCCAGCCUGGUUUAACCUGGGGGGAGGGGGUGGGGUUUGCACGAUGGACCCAGACACAUCGCACUGUGGAUUAUUUUCUAACCAAGAAUGACAUGUAGCAAAAAGGCACAUCUGCUCGUGAGGAGGGACACUUGGAGAGAGAGCGUCAGUGCUUGGAUGUUCAGAGGGAAGACGGAGUAGCAAAGUGCCAGAAAGUGUUUUGUUUAAACUUUUCAAAAACAACCAUCCACCAACAGAAAAAUAGAGCUCGGAAAACAGGACUUAAAUGACAUUCAGUAUAUAAAAUAUGUACAUAAUAUUGGAUGACUAACUAUCAAUAGAUGGAUUUGUAUCAAUACCAAAUAGCUUCUGUUUUGUUUUGUUUUUUGCUGAAGGCUAAAAUUCACAGUGCUAUGCAAUUCCUAAUUUUCAUUAAGUUGUUAUUUCAGUUUUAAAUGUACCUUCAGAAUAAGCUUUCCCUCACCCCAAUUUUUGUUGCUUGAAAAUAAUGGUUGUCCGAAUUUUUGUAAUAUUUGUUUUGUUAUUUUUUUAAAAGAAGAAAUGUACAGGAUGCCAGUUUUUUUUUUUAAAAAAGUGGCUUCAGAAUUAAAACUAUGAAAUAUUUUACAGUUUUUUUUCUUGUACAGAGUACUUGGCUGUUAGCCCAAGGUUAAAAAGUUCAUAACAGAUUUUUUUUUUGGACUUAAAUGUUUUGUUGGGCAGUGCCUAAUAAGCUUCAAAGCUGCUUUAUUCAAUAAAAGAGAAAGAUAUAUGGAUAUGACAAAGGAUCACUGAGUUCAACAAUGUUGUUUCAAGUCUCUUAAAUACGGUACCUGGCAAUGUUUGUUUCAUAAAGAAUUGUGAACUUCUUGAAUCUACGGAGGGGGGGGUAUGUAGCAGUGGGAGGGGGGCAUACGGGAGCAGGGUGGGAAUGUGGUAUGCACUUUCUCUUUCUCGCAAUUACAGAGAAGUAACUGCAAAGUGAAGUUGCUUAUUUUUUAGUCUUUUUCCACUUUGAUCUGCUAGUUAUUAUUAAGGAUAAUUACAAGCUUCCUGUAACUAACACAGUGUAGCUGGUCAGUAGUUAUUUCAGUAGGAGAAAGUUUAACUGCAGGGGCCUGGUCACUUAUGUUUAGAACAGAAUGAAAGGUAUAUAGUUCAACGUUUAUAAAGAUGUCUUUUUAGAGCACUAGACUACCAUUGCAACCGAUAUUUUUUUCAUUUUAAAAAUAGGAGGUUUGAAGAAGUUGGGUAUUCUUUUUCUAGCUUUCCCUUCAGCCUAAUUAGAGCUAAUGAGAUUGAUCUGAAAGUAAAUAGACACCACCUCAUUGAAGUCAUGGUCAUAAAGUUCUCUUCUCAUCCAGACUAACUGUAUGUGGUAUACUUCACUAUGGGAAAAGAUAGGGGUUCUUCAAGGGGUCUAGUUGAGGGCAGAAUGAGGGGUCCAUCUCUCUGGUUUACAUAUGCAAAGCCUUGUGUUCGUUGGAAACUGCAUGGGGAGAAUUGAAAAGCAAUUGCAAUCAUAAACUCUGCCCUAGUAGAUUAAAAUAGCAUAGAAUAAUUGCAGUUUUUCCUUUUUUCAUUUUAGAUUCCCUCACAGCUUUAUGUCUUUUCACUUCAACUGGGGUGGGCUUGUUUGUUUUUAAAUGUUGUUGUUUAAGACAUUUUUUGGGGAAAAUAAUUUGCCUAGCAGCUGACUUAAUCAACUGUAGAAUGUAUUUUUUUUUUCCUUUAUAUGAAGCUACUCAUACUCAAGAGCAAUAGUCUUACAGCCAGACUGUCAGGUCCUCAGACUUGACUGGACUGAUCUGACCAUCUCCCACUCAUCUCCAGACAGUGAUAAUUUCUCUGCUUUUAGUCAAGAUCUGAUUUACAACUCUUAACAGUAAUGUUUGUAAACUAGGGUUUGUUUGUCCCCCCAACUUUUUGUUAACACAUCCAUUAUGUUUAUUGAAUAUGAAUAAUUUACAUUUACUUUCAAAACCUAAGAUCCGAGAUGGACUGUUUCAUUAAAAGUUACAGUUUCAUUACUGUUUCUGCUUUUGACACUCUUUGCAAGAUGACAGUGUUUGGGGCACUUGCCUUAUUUUUGCAUCUCACAAGCGUAAAUGCACUAUUUUUCUCCGAAUUGCAAAGGCAGAAUGAUCAUACUUUGUAACAGUGAAUCACACCAUAUCUACAAUAUUACACCUCUGCUUUUUUGCCUUUUUGACUCUGUAGUAUGCCCACCACCUUUGCCAUUGUGGAUGUUUGACUGGCUAAGACUUGAGUUCACUCCGAUGGUCUUCUACCAAUAGCAUUAUCUGAGUGGCUCAGAAGUAUGAAUGGAUACAGCAGAGGCAUUCCUAAUACAUGGCUUUUAUCCAGGCACUGACUUUUCCUACCCAGUGUCCUAUCCUAAAGAUAAAAGCCAGAAUCUAAGCUAUAAGGGGCUCUCUCUCCUAGGGCUUAGUUGUGGGAGCUUGAUACUAGAUACAAGAGAAGUCAUAACCACAUGGAAAGGUAAAAGGCAUGCAUUUACAACAUCCGACAACUCCGUGGCCCUUGAUAUAUGUAUAUAUGUAUAUGUGCAUGGACUGUUUCCAAUACUCUUCAGCCAAAAUGAUCCACAGUAGUUGAAUUCAAAUACAUAACAAGCAAAUGUCUAGUACAGUUCUUGUGUGUGUUUGGAAUGUUUUUUUCCUUGGAUGUUGCUUUGUUCUGUUUUACAAAGGUGAAAAUUGUUUGCAAGUGAAGUGAGAAGUUCAUCAUUCUUUGGCAAUUUUCUGUUUCUAAAAGUUAACUCUAUUGGGGAGCUGGUCUGGAUGAUGUGCUUAACUUGGAAAUCCUUAUGUGUCAGUGUGUCAAGUCAAAUGAGUUUCUGUGAGCUGUCCCGUGCAGAAUUUGUCAUUUAGCUGGUUAUGAAUUAGUAACAUGUUUAGGAUGUUCUACUGGGGUUCCUUACUAAGAGAAAAGUGCUGCUGGUUUUAACAGCUGUGCUUUUGCUAUGCAUGAUAUCCAAGUCUGUUGGAAACGGACCCUGCAGUGUGAGUUUAGAUUCAUUUUAGAAAGGGGCAGUUUUUUCUUUCUUUGUCUUAAGUACAAUGCCUCACUUGGGACACAGUUUCAAAAAUGCCAAUUUCUUGUUUUUUGAAAAUCCCAGUUACAUAAUUAAUAGUACAGAGGGAACAGAAUUGGUUCCAUUGGAAACACUAUCCAACUCAACAAUAAACUUGUCACCAUGAGAUAGCAUUAGCUGCCCAGGAUGCUGCUAUUCAAAAUAAAUAAAUAAAUAACUUGUGCGUGCUGCACGUGUGUGCGCACACACAGACACAGCAAAACAAAAAUAUUUCCUUUAAUGUGUGUUUUUUAAAGCUAUGAUCUGUUCAAUGUUUUUACAAAUCUGUUUCUAUGACCUUGUUGAAAUAAAGUUGGUCUUUUGACGAGAGGGAGGACGUCAUGGUCAGUUGUAAUUUUGCCUUUACAAGGCAUCUGGGGGGUGGGGGGUGUGCCUCCUUGACAUUUUGUUGAAGAUUCGAUGGAGCUAUGUGUUGUUGUUUUCAGUUGCUUUAUGCAUUGUAUUAGGUCUUCAAACAGAAUAAAGAUUGUUUUGAAACUUAAA